CAACAGCAGAGAGGGCAACACAGGUUGAUAAGAGUAGAGACAGCAGGAAGAUAAUUUUACUGUAUGCCCUCAGGACAUUUCCCCUAGCUGGAGUUCUGAACUUGGACAGAACCCUAUCCAAUCAUUUUGAUUUUGCUAUAGGUUUUUUUUUUUUAAUUAUUACUUUCCCCGACACAUUGUAUUUUAUUUCUGUACUUUAGAAAUGGGCCUAAGGAUCACAAAGUGGCCCAGCCAUGGGGCUUUGUUUCUGAAAUCUUGGCUCAUCAUUACCCUGGGGCUCUACUCACAGGUGUCAAAACUCCUGGCCUGCCCUAGUGUGUGCCGCUGCGACAGGAACUUUGUCUACUGUAAUGAGCGAAGCUUGACCUCAGUGCCUCUUGGGAUCCCGGAGGGCGUAACCGUGCUCUACCUCCACAACAACCAAAUUAAUAAUGCUGGAUUUCCUGCAGAACUGCACAACGUACAGUCAGUGCACACGGUCUACCUUUAUGGCAACCAACUGGAUGAAUUCCCCAUGAACCUGCCCAAGAAUGUCAGGGUUCUCCAUUUGCAGGAAAACAACAUUCAGACCAUUUCACGGGCUGCUCUUGCGCAGCUCUUGAAGCUUGAAGAGCUACACCUGGAUGACAAUUCUAUAUCCACAGUGGGGGUGGAAGAUGGGGCCUUCCGCGAGGCUAUUAGCCUCAAAUUGUUGUUUUUAUCCAAGAAUCACCUGAGUAGUGUGCCUGUUGGGCUUCCUGUGGAGUUGCAAGAGCUGAGAGUGGAUGAAAAUCGAAUUGCUGUCAUAUCAGACAUGGCCUUUCAGAACCUCACAAGCUUGGAACGUCUGAUUGUGGAUGGAAAUCUCCUGACCAACAAGGGCAUUGCUGAGGGCACCUUCAGCCAUCUCACCAAGCUCAAGGAGUUCUCAAUCGUACGUAAUUCACUCACCCAACCCCCUUCUGAUCUCCCUGGUACGCACCUGGUCAGGCUUUAUUUGCAGGACAACCAGAUAAACCACAUCCCUUUGACAGCCUUCUCCAAUCUCCGUAAGCUGGAACGGUUGGAUAUAUCCAACAACCAACUGCGAAUGUUAACUCAAGGGGUCUUUGAUAAUCUCUCCAAUCUGAAGCAACUCACUGCUCGGAAUAAUCCUUGGUUUUGUGACUGCAGUAUUAAAUGGGUCACAGAAUGGCUCAAAUACAUCCCUUCAUCUCUCAACGUGCGGGGUUUCAUGUGCCAAGGUCCUGAGCAAGUCCGCGGGAUGGCCGUCAGGGAGUUGAAUAUGAACCUUUUGUCCUGUCCCACCUCAACCCCAGGCCUGCCUCUCUUCACCCCAGCCCCAAGCACAGCUUCUCCCACGACUCAGCCUCCUACUCUCUCUGUUCCAACGCCAAGCAGAAGCUACACACCUCCAAUUCCUACCACAGUGAAACUCCCCACGGUUCCCGAGUGGGAUGGCAGUGAAAGAGUGACGCCACCUAUUGCUGAACGGAUCCAACUUUUUAUCCACUUUGUGAAUGAUACUUCCAUUCAAGUGAGCUGGCUUUCUCUCUUUACUGUGAUGGCGUACAAACUCACAUGGGUGAAAAUGGGCCACAGUUUGGUGGGUGGCAUUGUUCAGGAACGCAUAGUCAGUGGUGAGAAACAACACCUGAGCUUGAUUAACUUAGAGCCCAGAUCCACCUAUCGGAUUUGUUUAGUGCCACUGGAUGCUUUUAACUACCGUGCUGUAGAAGAUACCAUUUGUUCUGAGGCCACCACGCAUGCCUCCUACUUGAACAAUGGCAGCAACACUGCUUCCAGCCAUGAGCAGACGACAUCCCACAGCAUGGGCUCCCCUUUUCUCCUGGCAGGCUUGAUUGGGGGUGCAGUGAUAUUUGUGCUCGUGGUCUUGCUCAGCGUCUUUUGCUGGCACAUGCACAAAAAGGGGCGUUACACUUCCCAGAAGUGGAAAUACAACCGGGGCCGGCGGAAAGAUGACUACUGUGAGGCAGGCACCAAGAAGGACAACUCCAUCCUGGAGAUGACAGAAACUAGUUUUCAGAUCGUCUCCUUAAAUAACGAUCAGCUCCUUAAAGGAGAUUUCAGACUGCAACCCAUCUAUACCCCAAAUGGGGGCAUUAAUUACACAGACUGCCACAUCCCCAACAACAUGCGAUACUGCAACAGCAGCGUGCCAGACCUGGAACACUGCCAUACGUAACAGCCACAGGUCCAGCAUUUGUAAGGUGGACAGUAAAACUCUUGCGAACACACACGUGUGUGCACAUAAAGACACACAGAUUACAUUUGAUAAAUGUUACACAGAUGCAUUUGUGCAUUUGAAUACUCUGUAAUUUAUACGGUGUACUAUAUAAUGGGAUUUAAAAAAAAGUGCUAUCUUUUCUAUUUCAAGUUAAUUACAAACAGUUUUGUAACUCUUUGCUUUUUAAAUCUUAAAAAAAUAUAUAGUUGCUGAAGUACUGUACAGGGUUGUACAAUGAGAACCCGACGACAAGGCAAAAGAACGAGUGAUGCUUCCUUCUGAUGCAUAUUAACCACUUGGCUGUCGAAGCUGUCAGAAUAAGUUGUUUUCAUAGAGCUGGUGGUCAGGUGAAAGGGCCAAUUAAAAUGGACUCAUCAGGGUAAGAUGAAUCACAUGGGUAAAAGAGGAAAUGGCCCAGAUGUUUUUUAUGCUCUUUCUAUACUUCCUGGUCAGGAAGAAAUGUGAGAGAUUCCAUCCUGCAAGAAUGGAGGUAGUUACCCUGAUUAGACUCAGUGCAGAAGAUGCAGAAAGCGUCACAAGGAAGCUGGUUCCCUUGAGAUGAGUUAACCCAACCUGACAGAAUCAAGAAACCUGAGAUGAGAUUUGGCAAGAUCCUCAAGCCCAGGGGUUAGCUUUCUGACUGGGAACUUGAUAAUCACUCUUCAUGCUUCCCUGGCCCUAUGUGAUAACAGAAUUAGAAGCUUGAGUCUGAUUUCAGUCGUCUUCAGGGACCAGUAUAAUGUCCUAGUAAGAAAACUCCCUUUAAAAGUGUUACUAUUCAAAUCAUAUGUCAGGUUGAAUCACAUUCAACAGAGAUAUAUUCUAGAAUACUUUUUUAGAAGAGGCUAAUAAAAUAAUGGGAAGAAUUAUAUUGAAUGGAAUUAUUUUUGAUAAUGAGAAUUAUUUGGGUAGAUUCACUGAAGCUAUGUCAACAUGGUAUUUAGAUCAAUGAGGGAUCAAUGUUUGGAAUAUAUUCCAAUGACUUGUUACUUAAAAAUUACCAAUACUAGUUAGAAACACCUGGUUGGUGAUUCUCUUAUACAGUAUCAACUGGCUUUGUUAGUAUCAUGUUGAAAUAGCUUGAAUUAAUAUCUUUAUCCCCCUUGCAAAUUCUUGUCUUCCAAUCAUCUAGCAUAUAUUUUUGUAAUUAGUUGUUUAUGACACCUUUGUUUUUCCACCCUCUGCUCAGAAUUUCAGGAAAAAAUGGGUGCCAGUUGUAGUUGCACAGAAUAUCCGUAUGUACUCAUUUCACUCUAAACUGCAUACUGAUUUUCACUGCUAAUAAUUCUAUAAGAACACACCAACGGUGGCCAAAUGAGUGCAUAUUUUUAAAAGCAAUCUCAGAUUUCCACCUUGGAUUGGUUUUGAUCCUGUUCCACUUUUGAAAUUUCAUUUGCUCCUUCUCAACGGUGAAUGUUCCUGUACUUUGGAAAAUGGUGGAGGGAUCAUCAGUCUUACAUGAUGAAAAGUGAACAGGUCAGAGAAGGAAGUGCUUCUCCCAAUCUUGACAGAGCAGGAAAAAGAGCAGAGGGCAUAGAAAAGAGAUGGAUGUCCACACUAAAUCUAGACGUUUUUGAAGCAAUGUCCGUCUUCAGAAAACAUGACUCAUUUACUCUAUUCCUUGCCAUCCCUUAGAUGUAGAAGGGCUAAAAAUCCACCUAUAUUAUCUUAAAAAAAUACACCCAUGGAAAACUCUUCUCCAAAUCAAAUUUAGCCAUUUCACUAUAUGAGGUAUAUUUUCUUUACCACUGACCAUUAUGUUAGAGACUCAUGAAGUAAAUGUCACUAUCAUCUUGCUUUCUAAGUAAAAUAAAACUGUGAUGUGUCUUCUUUGUAAACGUUUAGCUAUAAAACGCUAUGCAAGUUUUUCUUUAUAGUAAGAGCUUUAUUUUCUUUAAUAAUGUACCCCAACUUAUAUGUUUUAAUCUCCCCCAUCCCUCAGAGUAAGCCGAAAAUAUAACUGAACCUAUAAUGUUGUAGACACAAGAAUUGAAACUGUGCAGUCAGUAGAGCUGAACUUAGCUAUGAAUUAAUUUAAAUUAAUUCUAAGGUGACUCUAGUUUUCAUGUUAGUCUAUUAGCUAGAAAGUUUUGGCUGUUGUUUCUUUAAAGCUAUGGUCCACACAGUGAAGGGAUAAGACAAUCCGUGAAGGUGAUCCUAGUAGCAGUUAAGCCAUCUAAAAUCAGACAAUGACAUGGGGGUUUGUGUACUUAGAUGGAUAAUUCCCUUCCACUGUCCUCUUCCCCUUGGCUGUGUAGAUAAAACUGUGUGUUCAAAUGAUGGUACUUUGACUUUUGACGGUUUUUUAUUUCUGUUAUUCACAGAAUAAUCAUUCUCAUUUGUUUGUAUUGUAUUCUUAACUCCCAGUGGAAUUUUUGGCUGCUGAAACUUCAUUGCUUUGGACCAUAAAUAAUAAGGAUGGAGAGAGUCCUAUUAUGUCUUCUGGGAUUCACAAAAUCCUUUGGGGCUUAAGUGGUACAAGGGUGACCAACUUACAUUAAGUGGUUAGAAUGAUCCAAAAAGUUUCCUCUUCUAGAAGGUGUUCCUGAAGGGACAGAAUCUCUUGAUAGGCUUUAUUUUGAUGUUGCAUUUUGAUAUUGAUGAUGAGCAAGGCUUAUCAAAUAAGCACCAGUUUCCAAUCUAUAGUAAUAUACCUGGGGCUGUACCUACACCAGGAUAGAAAGCACAUCAUAGAAUCUGUAAUGUCCUGUGUGUCUUAUGAAAAUUGCUGAAGGAACACCCCUGGUAAAUUAUGCUUUGCUUUGCAUUUCUAGCCAUGGGAAUAUGUUUUGCAGAUAUAUUUGCUCUGCAUUUGGGCCUCUCUUGCUGUGUAUACCAUGUAUUUUGAAGUGAUUAAUUCAGAAUCACGGUUGAAAGGUACAGGCCAAUCCCAUGGAAUGAAGCCAUGCUCAAUGGCUUUCUCAUAACUUAUGCUCUCUUACCAAAUGAGAUAAUCUCUGAAAGUAAGUGACCACUUUCAGAGCUCAGUCACUGUCAUUGUAAAAAGGACAUUCCAAAGGGAAGAGUCAUCGCUAUGAUCACACAGGUAUCACUGGCACUUAGUCAUACCAAGGAUAAUCUUUACUAAGUACUCAUCUAGGAAGAUGUUUGAUCAGGGGAAGACUAUGAGCUUCCCUCAAACAAUUCAGAUGCAUUGACAGCCAAUCACGUGGGUCAAUUACAAGCAGAGACAAGGAGAGGAAUGUGUCCCCAUGCCUACUUUCCUUAUGCAACAAAUGGAAAAUACUCUACCUUGUGAAAAAUAAUGCAAUUUAUAAUUAUCUGGAUGUUUGUUGAAAAUAUAUUAGACAUUUUCCCUGAGGUUAAACAAAAAGUGUAAAGGUUAAAAACAAAAAGUGUAACAUGACCAGUCUGGUAAAAAGUAGUAAUGAAGUAGCUAAUAUCACAGCUCCAUUUCUUACUAGUGCAGAUCAUAAUGGUCUUAGUCAUCUCACACAACUCAGAACUUACUUCCCAUUGGGAAAACAAGCACUUCAUGUUGUGAACGAAGCAUCCAUUCGAAACACAAGGCAAUAUUUUGGUUCACCGGGAGCAGAUGCUGCAGUUGAUUACCAAACGUUAGCUUCAAAGUCCAGUGCAGCUUUUGAAAGGAAAGUGGUUAAAAAGAAGAUAUUACAUUUUAGUUUAGAACAUGAGAAUAAUGAUUUUGCUCAAGACUUACCAUUUCAGCUGCUUGGGAAAGCAGAAGCAGGAAAGAGCUUCCCACAAAGAACAAAAUACCUAAAACAAAGCAACUUCUAAUUCUUGGUCUUGUCAGACCUUUCCUGAUGCUCCUUUUAAAAAUCUGAAAUACUAAUGGUAGGAAGCUGUAGCUUACAUCUUUUCUAAUUGCUUCAGCAGGGUCAAAAAGACUAUUGCUGGUAAAGAGGAAUGCUUGUCACUGAUUGUGGGGGGAAGUUUUAUACACGUAUAAUCCUGUUAUUAUAUCAAAUCAGAUUCUUUUGCUAUGGUUUUUGUUUCUAUUUUUUUUAGAUGCACACCCACCAAAAGAGCACAAGGUCAUUGCCACAUGCAUUUUUAAAUUAGUAUGAAACACAAACGUGUUCACAUGCACCCAUAAAAAUGGGACAUUUGUAAAGGGGUCCAUGGAAGGUACAAUUUAUAAUCAUUUGAGGCCAGGUAAAGGCUUUUGUCACUGCAUGUUCCCCUAUAAUAUAGGACUGGUAUAUAUUCAUGGAAAGUUAAUCUUGAUGAUUUGUUAUUGUUUGAACCAUAUGUUGAUUUGCUUCUGGUUUGUGUUUAGUGUGUUCUCUCUGACAGGGGGCUGAAAGAUUCUACAUCACACAUCCUCUGGGACCUACCAUGUUGCACACUUUGUUAACUAAAAACUUCACUCUACACUAUACAGUACCUUGUUGAUAUAUUCAGUAAAGGCUUAUUUUAAAAGAAAACCACAUUGUGUUUAUCUGAGUAAGUUCAUUGGGACACAGCCCAUGCUUGUGUUGUAAAAGAGGAAUGAGGGAUAACUUCCUGAUGAAGCAAGAUGAUGAGACUGAAGAUGACAGUACGGUUUUCAUAUUUUUCUGU